AAUCAAACAAAACAACAACAUAAUAAAUCCAAGCAGUGAAUAUUAAAACAAGACCAAAACACCAAAAGCAACAAAUAGUGGCUCCUCAACAGCUGCCCCAGAUCUCCUCCCAGAUUCGGUCAAUCGAUCUGGUUAAGAUAAGAACACUCUGAAAGUCGAAAAAAAAAUAAGAAACACCAAUGAACAGCCCACAUAUUUUAGUUAUUCCUGCUCCUGCACAAGGCCAUGUAAUUCCCAUGAUGGAGUUGUCACAAUGCUUAGUGAAUCAUGGCUUCAAGGUCACGUUUGUCAACACAGACUUCAAUCACAACCGCGUCACGAACUCCUCGGGGGAUGACCAAAGUCAUAUAAGGAGGGAUUGCAUCGAUCUAGUUUCAAUACCGGAUGGCUUAGAACCGGGGCAGGACAGGAAUGACCUAGGAAAGUUAUCAGAAGCAGCGCGACGAGUCAUGCCAGGGAAGUUAGAGGAGCUGAUAGAGAAGAUUAAUAACCGAGGGGAAGGCGAUAAAAUCACUUGUGUCAUUGCUGAUCAGACUAUCGGGUGGGCUCUGGAAAUUGCGGUGAAGAUGAAAACCAAGGUGGUCGCCUUUUGGCCGGCAUCAGCUGCAGUCUUGGCCUUGAAGUUUAGCAUCCCCAAGUUAAUUGAUGAAGGAAUAAUUGACAAUGAUGGAACCAUAUUGAAAAACCAGGUGAUCAUUCAGUUGGCACCAAACAUGCCCACCAUGAAACCUGAAAACUUUAUCUGGGCAUGUAUUGGUAAUAAAACCACUCAGAAAAUCUUGUUUCAAUCAAUUUUAAAAAGCAACAAGGCUGUGCAAGUGGCGGACUGGCUUCUUUGCAACUCUGCGUAUGAUCUUGAGCCAGCAACAUUCACCUUUGCACCCAACAUUCUACCGAUAGGCCCGCUCUUGGCGAGCAGACGGCUUGGGAAUUCAGCAGGCCACUUCUGGCCACAAGACUUAACUUGCUUAGAGUGGCUGGAUCAACAGCCACCCAACUCAGUGAUCUAUGUUGCAUUUGGCAGCUUCACAAUUUUUAAUCCAACCCAAUUCAAAGAAUUGGCCCUGGCUCUCGAAUUAUCCGAGAGGCCAUUUCUCUGGGUCGUGAGGCCAGAUAUCACUGACACGACAAGUGAUCCCUACCCAGAAGGAUAUCAAGAGCGAGUAGCCUCUCGCGGUCGGAUGGUGGGUUGGGCGCCUCAACAGAAGGUUCUGGCUCAUCCUUCGAUUGCUUGCUUCCUAAGCCAUUGCGGUUGGAACUCUACCCUAGAAGGCCUAAGCAAUGGGGUUCCUUUCUUGUGCUGGACAUACUUUGCAGACCAGUUCACUAAUGAGAGCUACAUUUGUGACGUUUGGAAGGUGGGAUUGAAAUUCGAAAGGAAUGAAACUGGCAUCAUCACAAAAGAAGAAAUCAAGAACAAGUUGGAACAACUGCUCGGAGACAAAGAUUUCAACGAAAGAGCUUUGAAACUGAAGGAAUUGGCCAUCGCCAAUGUCGAAGAAGGCGGCCAAUCUAACAAGAUCUUCAAGAAUUUUAUUGAAUGGAUGAAAUCACAGGGCAUGCAAGUGGAAGAAGCAAACAAGAAAAUGUGCUAAUCAUCUGUUUUUACGAAUUAAUAUAAUACUAUAUGCUUCAGUUGAUACAGUGAUACAAUAAAAUUUAGAAAUCUAUGUUUAUCUUAAUUAUA